AUGGACUCUUUCAAGCCCUAUGCGGAUCUUUUCCUCAAACCCAAGGGUCCAGGCGAUGCUAGACCCACUGCAAUGCAAGUCAUCCGCGACAACGCCCUCGUCAACAAGUGGGCCGGCAAGGUUGUGCUCGUCACCGGCGGGACUUCAGGACUCGGCCUCGAGACUGCGCGUGCUCUCCACGCCACAGGCGCUGAUGUCUUCAUCACGGCCCGAGAUUUCCAGAAAGCGCAAGCCGUCAUCGCCAACAUUGCCAAGUCAUCGGCGGGCAGUGGCAAGCUGGAUGUUGUUGAAAUGGACAUGAACUCCCUUGGUUCGGUCAAGAACGCCGCCCAGGCUUUUUUGAGCAAAUCUCCUAAGCUCAACGUCCUUGUGAACAAUGCAGGAAUUAUGGCAACACCAGAGGGAAGCAAGACAAGUGACGGGUUCGAACAGCAGUUCGGCGUCAACCACCUUGCUCACUUCACUCUUACGGUCCUUCUUCUGCCGACCCUUCUCAAAAGCAGCACGUCAAGCUUCAACUCACGCGUUGUGGCGCUCACCUCCUCCGGCCAUAGAUACUCCGCCAUCAACUGGGACGACGUCAACUUCAGCCAGGGCUAUAACCCCUGGGUCGCCUACGGCCAAUCCAAGACAGCCAACAUCUGGAUGGCAACCUACAUUGACCGCGUCUACGGCCCGCGUGGUUUGCACGCAAACUCUGUUCAUCCAGGCGGCAUUCUCACGCCGCUGCACCAGCACGUGCCAGCCGAGAUGGUUGAGGCGAGACAACAGGACCAAGCUCUAAUGGACAGUCUGCUCUCGCCGGAACAAGGGGCUGCCACGACCACCUGGGCCGCUUCUGCUCCUGUGUGGGAGGGGAAAGGUGGUCAGUAUCUCUGCGACUGUGGGCAGGGAGGGUUGGCAAAGGAUAUGAUGGCCAUCUCGGAUCCGGGGUAUGCACCGCAUGCGUUUGAUCGCGAAGGCGAGGAGCGUUUGUGGAAGUUGAGCCUGGAACUCGCAGGAAUUGAGGCCGAGGUAUAG